CUCAACUCACCUACAUAUAAAGUAGAAGCAACCUCCUCUCCCGUAAUUCUCUUCAUCUACACCUCCCUCCAAUCUUCCAAUCUCCCUCCAUCGCAAAUCCGCAAUUCUCCAUAUCGCUAUAUCAAGAUGGCAUCCACCGCCCCCGCGCCCACCCUCACCAUGAUCCUAAAAGUCACCGUCGAUCCCUCCAACGUCCCCGCCUUCCUCGAAGCACUGCGACCCGUCUACGACGGCGUAUCCUCAACCCCCGAGUGCACCUUCGUCCAACUCCUCCAAUCCCCCUCCUCACCAGGUGAAUUCAAAAUCGUGGAAACCUGGAACGCGACGAUGGAGUGGCUACAAUCCGUGCAACUGAAGAAGCCGUACUACGCAAUCUUAGCCGAGAAGGUCACGCCGCUGUACACCAAACCGCAGGAGAUCGAGGUAUGGGAGGGUGUGCAGGGGAAGGAGUGGGUUAGUGUGAACAAGGAUUUCUAUUUCUCGUAGAGUGCGGGACUGUCCUUUAAAUUACUCGAGCUCGGAUUGAUUAAAGUAAAGCUCUUGCUUCAAUGUUGAGUUGAUCAAUCCAUGGACACGCUCUAGGAGCUCUUCGUACCUAAAAACGGUAUAGAUAGCCUGCCGUAGGUUAUAAUAUAUCACGUGAUAGAUUUCUAAACGAGAUACCCUUUAUAUAGAAAACAGAGGGA